AUGUCUGCGUUGGGAUCAAGUGGUGGCCAUAACAGUGGCCCCAAUCCCAUGUCAAUGCCGGCCAACACAGCCGCACAUAACCCGCCGCCAGCGUUGGCCGCACAACAGUCGCCGGCGCUGUCCAUACAGGCGGCGGCCGUAACGCAAACCAUACUAAACGUGUCCACACUAUCGGCUCCGCAGCCUCUUCAGCCAACACUGGCCACCGCACAGGCCAUCGGCCCUCACGACGCGCUGUCGUACUUGGAUCAGGUGAAGUUCAAAUUCAACAAUCAGCCCCAAGUGUACAACGACUUCUUGGACAUCAUGAAAGAGUUUAAGUCCCAAUCCAUUGACACUCCGGGCGUUAUUCAACGCGUGUCCACACUAUUCAAAGGACACCCGGAACUGAUCGUCGGGUUCAACACAUUUCUGCCGCCGGGAUAUAAGAUUGAGAUGCAUUCAAACGAUCAGGUGAACGUAUCGAUGCCUAAUCAGCCCAACACUAUCAUCAUGUCUGGCGGUCCGUUGACGGCCACUCCGGUGCUGACGGGUGUCCCCCAACACCAGGUGUCGGUCAUAUUGCCGAAAGUGACCCAAACGACGAGUUUUAACGCGGCUCAGGCCCAUCACGCGGCCAUCAACGUCGCCCUCACGGCGGCCGCCAAUCAGUCGCGCGCCGGCGGCGCUACUCAUCACGAUGUGGCGCACCCGACCCCUCAGCCGUCGGCCGUUAACGCGGUCUCCGCCGCCACUAACAGCGCUACCGUUGCCAACGGUUCGGCCACAUCGGCUGCUGCGGCCGCCGCGUCGGCCAACAACGCGGCCCAACCCGUGGAAUUUAAUCACGCCAUUAAUUACGUGAAUAAGAUUAAGAAUCGGUUCCAAAUGCAGCCCGAAAUCUAUAAGCAGUUCCUCGAAAUUCUUCACACAUAUCAGAAGGAACAGCGAUCUAUCAAAGAAGGAACUGCAGUUCAGGGCCAGAAAAUGUUGACCGAAACAGAAGUGUUCACUCAAGUGGCGAAACUGUUUCAAAAUCAAGAAGAUUUGCUCCAAGAGUUUAGUCAAUUCCUUCCGGACGCUAACGGAUCCAAUAUCCCGUCGAGCGGUGCGUCGCUGGCCCUAACAGGUGGACAACUCCAAGAGUUUAGUCAAUUCCUUCCGGACGCUAACGGAUCCAAUAUCCCGUCGAGCGGUGCGUCGCUGGCCCUAACAGGUGUGAUGCCGGUAACGUUCGGCCACCCGUUGGCCCAUCAGGUGGACAGCAUUACUCCUCACCCGACAGUUAACGAUCACUCAACUAUUGUUAAGAAGCCAACCGUCGGCCGACCACUAGUUAGCGCUCAACCAUUUCAGCCUCGAAUUCAAUUGAAACGCUCACAACACGACUCACUAACACAUCACUCAUCUGUUAAGCGCCAGAAAAUGACAUCUCUUCGUGACGUAACUCUGGCUGAAGCGGGAAAAUACGGGUCACUUAACGAGUUUGCAUUCUUUGAUAAGGUGAGAAAAUCGUUGCGAAGUCAAGAGGUUUACGACAACUUUCUCCGCUGUCUCGUCCUCUAUAACCAUGAGAUACUGUCGCGACCAGAACUCGUACAUCUCGUCACACCAUUCUUGGGAAAGUUUCCCGAACUCCUCAAGUGGUUCAAAGACUUCUUGGGCUACAAAGAGGGCGCUUCGGCUUCUAUAUCGGCACUCCAUUCGCGGGAACAGUUGAAUUCAAACCACUCGGCCCUUCCGUUAGAGGGUCUGUCCCAUCGCGUGGCCUCAAUCCGAGAGCGAGAACGGGAACGUAUGAGCUCUGAGAUGGGAAUGGAGAUUGACUACAGUUCCUGCAAACGUUACGGCGCCUCAUAUCGAGCGCUGCCUCGCAAUUAUGUGAAGCCCGAGUGCACGGGUCGGACGCCAUUGUGUCGCGAAGUACUGAACGACAUAUGGGUGUCGUUCCCGUCGUGGUCUGAGGACUCGACGUUUGUCUCGUCGCGCAAAACCCAAUACGAAGAAUACAUAUAUCGGUGCGAAGACGAGCGCUACGAACUGGACGUUGUCUUAGAGACCAAUCUGUCGACGAUUAGAGUGUUAGAAGCGGUGCAGAAGAAGAUGUCACGAAUGACUAACGAAGACAGGCUUCGAUUCAAAUUGGAUGACACUUUGGGCGGCACUUCGGCUGUCAUCCAUCAGAAGGCAAUUAAACGCAUUUAUGGAGAUAAGGCUCAAGAGAUCAUCGAAGGGCUUAAGAAGAACCCGUCGGUUGCCGUCCCUCUCGUUAUACGACGGCUUAUGAUGAAAGAGGAGGAGUGGAGAGAAGCGCACAAACAGUUCAAUAAGAUAUGGAGAGAACAGAAUGAGAAGUAUUAUCUCAAAUCACUAGACCAUCAGGGAAUCAGUUUUAAGCAAAACGACAUCAAGUUCUUGAGAUCCAAGUCAUUACUAAAUGAAAUCGAGACCAUCUUUGAAGAGCGUCACGAGCAGUGCGAAGCCAAUCCCGACGCCGUUGACGCCACUCAACCUCACAUGACUUUCUCCUAUAAAGACAAGUCAAUGAUCGAAGAGUCAUGUAAUCUGAUUAUACAUCACGUCAAGAGACAGACAUCUAUUCAUAAAGAAGACAAACAGAAGAUUAAGCAAUUGUUGAGGCAUUUUAUACCGGAUCUGUUUGCCACCCAAAGAGGAGAGCUCUCUGACGAUGAAUUAGAUGAUGAAACCGACGAAAAGAAUAAGAUUCAGAAUAAUUGUAAUAUAAAUUCAAAAACUAAUGAAAAUUCGAGCAAAAAUGAUGAAAAGGACAAUAAGAAGAGUUCACAAAAUUCAUUAGGAGAAAAGGGCGAACCGCUCACUAUUACUGAUAGCGACGCAAAACCUAACGCUAUGUUAAAUACAAACCCUAACGAAACGUAUUCAAUGUUUUUUGUGAACAACAAUUGGUAUUUAUUUUUCCGUUUGCAUCACAUUCUAUGCGAACGUUUGGCCAAAAUGUCCGAAAGGGCCGAAAUAUUGGCCGCAGAGGAGGCCAAAGAGAAAUUGGAUCGCAAAAUGUCCACAGCGUUAGCGCUCAGACUAAAGCCAAACAAUGAAGUGGAAGUUGAGGACUACUUCCCGGCCUUCAUAGAUAUGGUUAAACAAGUACUCGACGGCAAUCUCGACGCCAAUCAAUUUGAAGACAUGUUGAGAGAGAUGUUUGGUAUUCACGCCUACAUUGCGUUUACUCUCGACAAAGUUGUCCAGAAUAUUGUCCGUCAGUUGCAACACAUUGUGUGCGACGAGUCGUGCAAUCAAUGCACAGAUUUGUUUACUGAGGAGACGAAGACGAGCGGUACGGGCGGCGAGUGCUCGACAUCUCACCACCGAUUAGCGCCCGAAACGGCGUAUCAGAAGAAAGCGGAACUCUUGUUGUGCGACGAGAAUUGUUUUAAAUUCAUUUUUUACAAAACUGAGGGUAAGAUCACUAUCGAAAUGGUGGACACGGACUCUGACGAGAGCAGCGAUGAGCUCGAGACCAUUGAAAAGUGGUCGGAAUAUGUGGAGAGAUAUACGCGAGAAAUUGGCAGCAUUUCUGACGACAUGAAAGCCAUUUUGUCACAAAAGCCACUUUUCUUAAGACGAAACAUACGAUCGUUUAAAUCGAGAACAAAGAAUGAAAGGGAAGACCUCUUCGACAAAGAGUCUGAGAUUAAGCGCGAAAAGAAGGAAAUAAAUCGCGACAAAGAGUCAAAAACAGAUGCUUCUGAUAAUAAAGAGACAAAGAGUGGCACAAAAGUAGACCAAACUUCUGAAGAGUCUGUGGAUAAGGCGUUAAACUCGACAGAAGUGGUCGAAAAUAUUGAAUGUAAAUUUGAUGUCUCGAAGUUUAAGUUGGUUUUUGUCGUCCAAAGCGAGUCUGUUAUGUAUCGCAAAAACUCAAUAAUUAAAGCCAAACAGUCUCACAAAAGAGUAUCCAAACGAUUAUUUCAUAAAUUUAACGAAUGGCAUGAGAAAUGGUUGAACGCAAACAGUACUACCGAUCAUCAAAAACAAGUACAGCAAUGGUUAGUGGCGAGUGAUACGAGUCUGCCAUCAACGACAACGACGACGGCCGCCACGACGAGUGCCGACAGUAAGACGAGUGCCGUUCCCGCCGAUAGUAAAUCGACGUCCGGUGCGACGACGGCUGCGGCCAAGGAUAUGUCGUGCGAAAAGUGGACACACAUUACGAUCGGUGUUAUGGAUAUUGAAACCUAUGCUCAAGAGUGA